GCUUCUCUCACUCUUUGCCCAGCUGUUGUAGGUUCUUUAAGUCUGUAGAUUUCGUGGAGAUACUACGUAUUUGGAUCUUAUAAAAUUGACGGUUUACGCGCACUGCACCGGAUCAAGCGCAUUUACGCAGUGCUCGUAGUGCUUAGUCGUUUAUAGAGGCUUCUUAUUGAUGUUUUUUCCUGGGUCACUCCAUUAGGAGUGUGCGAUUCACCUGCGGUCGAGCAGCGCGUCAUGGAUUACAGUAACCUGAUGGCGCCUCCGGUGCCGCCACACAAACCCAGAUCCCCCCGGCCUGCGCACUGCCAGGGGCGCCUGUUAAAGUGCGUGUUUCUCGGGGACGGAGCUGUGGGAAAAACCAGCCUGAUAGUCAGCUACACAACCAAUGGAUAUCCAACAAAAUACGUCCCGACAGCGUUUGACGAUUUCUCAGCGGUGGUACAGGUGGAUGGACAACCAGUGAGACUUCAGCUUUGUGACACUGCAGGACAGGAUGAAUUUGAUAAGUUGCGUCACUUCUGCUACACGCGGACUGACGUUCUCCUCCUGUGCUUCAGCGUCGUCAGCCCCGCUUCCUUCCAGAACAUCGGUGAAAAAUGGGUGCCGGAGAUCCGACGCCGUUGUCCACUCACACCUGUGUUACUGGUGGGCACCCAGUGUGACCUACGGCAAGACGUCAAGGUCCUCAUCGACCUUGCACGGCGCAGAGAACGACCCGUCCUGGAAGAGGACGCCCGCGCCCUGGCAGACAAAAUAGGAGCGCUAGCCUACAUAGAAUGCUCUUCUCUCACACAGAAAAACCUUAAGGAAGUGUUUGACACCGCCAUUUCUGUCGGGCUCCGACACUCCGACCGAAGAGCCAGACGAGAGCGGAAGGUCCACAGUACUGCUGAUAAAAUGAAAAUGCUCUCCAAAUCGUGGUGGAAGAAAUAUAUCUGCAUACAUUAGCUAAGAGCAAAACAAUCUUCUGAGGCAUGAACAAUGUGAUAGACUCUUGUUUAGUGUCACGCUCCUCAAGUGGAUGAUUGUCAUUUGAUAACGAAUCAACAAAGGACAGUGUUGCUACUUCAAGGAUGAUGUGAAUGGUUGCAGCUAGCUUCCCAGUAACCAAAGUUUACUGUAUGCAGGGUCAUCGCUAGAAGUCAGGGGGCCCGGGAUGAAGAUUUUCUACCUUUGGGCCAUUGAGUAGACCUAGAGGACCGCAUUAGCCAUGUUUCCAUCCAUGUAUUGUCAUACAAAUUUUGGGAUGUUGCAUAAACGCUAGAUGGAAAUGGCAUAAAAGAUGUGCCUAAAAUCUUCCAAUCCUCUCAAUUAAGGUUUACAAUUAUUUUUAUUCAGUAAGAAAACAUGCACGUAAACUACAGUGGAAAUUUAUCACUGGCGAAUGAAUUCCUGGUUUAGCAACAAAAAAACUCAAGUGCCUCAACAGAUCAUGUGACUGGACAACUGGACUAGCCAGUGGACUAAUUUCAUUGCACACCAUCUAAAUUACUGUGAGCCAGAUUCUGUCAUCAAAAUGAUUUUCCCUCCCAGAAUUGUCUCAUACAACUGCAUUCUCAGAAUGCAAGAUAACAUGACAGCAUUUGUUAUUGCGUUUCUUCAGAGGCUCAAGUAAUUUAUUACUGUAUGUUGGAAAAAAUGAGUCACAAGCUUUCCCGGUUGCUGAUUCUUUGCGUUAAUUUCCCAGGAAGUACCGUUUUUGUUCUCUUGAACACAUGGUAUGGAAACUGCUUUAUUUCCAAAUGUUUUACGCAGUAUUCCAGUGUAAUUCACAACUUUGAAUGGAAACAUAGCUACAGAGACCCUUCAUUGCAAAGCCUGGGGCAGUGUUCCCAGUUGUGACCUCUUCCACAGCCAAAACCCUCUGAUUAUGUAGAUGAUUAAAUCAUUUACUGCUUAUUUUUUAUAACCAAAUACAGUGCCACAGUUUCUAUUUAUCAAUUAACCCAUGUCUUCUACCUAAUUAAUGCAGCUACGAACAUUGUGUCCACAUGUUAAUAAUGCUAGCAUGCUAACACUGGUGAUUAAGCCCCCUUUUGUUUGUUUAACCUCCAUGUCUGAGGUCACAAAGGCAGUCCUGGGGCCAUUUACACCCACUCUAAGUGGCCUUUCUAUCCCAUCAUGCUGAAGUGUUCAUUCUGUAACUGUAGUCCACCUUAUGAUUGGGUGUAACUGCAGCUCUUCAGUUGAGUUCAGUGAACUCUUGUGUACUGUUAGUCACAGAAAGGUUGGACCUAUUAUCCAUAACGCAUUACCUUGUAUUCCAUACCAUAUCUUGUAAACCCCAUUGCAGUCUUUAUGUUUGAUUUGAUCAACACUGAUGUGCCAUGUUGUAAAAACUCUAGUACAAGGUUCUUUGGCUGUGUGUCCUCCUGUUUAACCUGCAGUAAUGGAGAUGAUCAGCCAAUGAAAUGUUGAAUUUGCUUCUCAUUAUUCAGAAGCCCAAUCAGAGUCAUUCAGUCAGAGAUCCGCCACAAAUGUCAGAGCCUAACAGUAGGGUUCAGGAAGUAAAAAUCCCAUUUAUUUUUUCCCUUGGUCAAAAUAAACAUUCUUCUGUACAUUGAAGAUUUCUGUAGAGUCAAUAUUACGUCAAAUUCCCAGUGAAACUUGGGCCUCAUCAAGACAUCAUGGCCUCUGUUCUUUAUGUACUUUAUUGCCGCCGGGAUAACACUAUCAGGGUAAUGUACUUUUAGAUUUGUACAUUUUAUGAUUGCAUGUAAAUUGAUCUUCCUCUAUAAACACUCCUGUUUAUGGUACCGUGUGCUAUCCAUGUUUUCCAUGGAAAAUAAAUGUGAUAUUAACUAAAACCU